AUGCAGAUUAGACGAUUUUGCAAAAGAUAUGGUUUGCUCAUUGUUGCCGCCGUGAUGCUGGUGGUUACGGUGUGGAAGAUAAUUCAACCAGAUGCACAGAUGGAGAAAAAGAAUACAGUUGAUCAUACACUGGCGGUAAUUGUUCCUUUCCGAGAUCGUUUCACCAAUCUCCUCUUAUUUCUCCCCCAUAUGCACAAUUAUCUGAAGCGGAAAGGCAUUCCACAUACAUUCUACAUUAUCAAUCAGUCAGAUGAUUUCAGGUAA